GAACAGCAGCUCCUGGUGUGGGCCUGCCACACACUUCUCUGUUGCAUGAGGAUUGGUUGAAGGUGGAUCCUUGGGUAUCCACACCGCCAGGAUGGAGAGAGCCGAGCCUCUCACCCUCUUCUGGAGCCGGGGAGCUGCAGCUAACUCGAGUCGGGAAAAUGCGACAGCGACUGCCCACUCGAGGUCGUCAUGGCGACAGCCAGUGAACGUGUUCCUCUCCUCGGGCAGGCCCCCGAGUGUAGAGGAGCUGCUUCGCGAGGCGCAGCUCAAUCUCCAGAGCCUGUUGCAAGAAGAAUAUGAGGAACAGUACUCGGAGGCCAGACUUCUGGGGCAGACCUUCCGCUCUUCUGAUGAGGCCCCUGAGCCCACUCCCAACCCAAGGCCCCAAUCUGCCAGGCGUCUGGAGUUUGUAUUGAUGCCUGCAAAACGGCAACUGAGUGAAGAUGAGACCACCACCCAGGGUGUGAGGGCCCCUGAGGCCUGCCUGAGCCUGUCUGCAGCCGACAAGCACACUGUUUGGAACAGCCCCUUCCCUCUGCCCAUCCUAGAGGAGAAGCGCUGGCCUCAGCCCUGCUCCACGCAGUCUGACCUUGUGCCCAUCAACAUCUCUGGGCAGCAGUUUGAUAAACAUGCAAGUUUGCGACACUCGUUGUUUAACACAGAGACAGCCGUGAACCCCAAGUCCACCCUGAGGCGGAGGCGGACCAUUAUUGGAUUCUCUAACCCUUCCCAGCGAGACCAAGGUCACAACAACAGCUCAGCAGGCAGUGUGGCACACUCUGCCACCUCAGAUGCCAGGCCCAGCCACUCCACUGUACAAAGUGUUCAUGGAAGAGUUGCUAUUGGACAGGAAGCUCGAUUCCCAAAUCUCACUUCACCAGGACUGAGAAAUCCUUGUAGUGAGCCUGGAGCCCCUCACCAGGCACACAGUGGCCCAGACCCCCCUGUCAUGGAGAGUAUGGGAAUGGUAUACAGCGUCCCCAAUUCUUGCAAUGGACCAACAGAAUCAACAUUCUCCACUUCCUGGAAGGGAGAAGCUUUUGCAUACAUGACUCCAAGUGCCAGCAGCCAGAACAAUCAAGUCAAUGAAAAUGGAAAAAAUCCUCCCUCUGGGAGCUCUUGGGUCUCUCUGAACACACUUCCACCUCUGGUCCCUAAGGAAGUGGCUACCCUCUUUGUCACCCGUGAUAACUCUGCAGUAUGCACUGGGUUAGCCAGCUACACUGAGCACCCUACUCAACGAAGGCAAGUACCAGAAAGGCCCCCCAAGAUUGGCCUUCUGGCUCGUGGUACCUCAAGGCUGGAGACAGGCCCAGGAGGAGCCAGCAGAUUCCGUGAGAGGUCACUAUCUGUGCCUACAGACUCAGGUACCGUCUCCAUGGACUACAAUGAGGAACAGAAGGCCAGUGAGGCCUGCGCCCUGCCUUAUGCCAGUACCAGUUCAGAGGGCAGUAAUAGUGCUGACAACAUUGCAUCCCUCGGGGCUGAGCAGGAGGCCCGACACAGAAGGCAGAGGUCCAAAAGUAUUUCACUCAAGAAGGCCAAAAAGAAGCCCUCUCCACCUAUGCGCAGUGUCUCUCUAGUCAAAGAUGAGCCGCCCCUAUUGUCAGAAGGUGGCUCAGCACUGCCCAAGGAUCAGAGGCCUAGGAGCCUUUGCCUGUCCUUGGAACACCAAGGACAUCAUUCAUCUCAACCAGAUGCUCAGGGUCACCCAGCUGUGCCAAUUCUCAAAGAUCCAGAAGGUACACAGUUUUCCCACCACUGGUAUCUUACUGACUGGAAGUCUAGUGACACCUACCAAUCAUUGUCUAGCUCCAGCACUGCCACUGGCACCACAGUCAUCGAGUGUACUCAAGUACAGGGCAGUUCAGAGUCUCUCGCCUCCCCCUCCACCUCCAGAGCCACAACACCUUCUCAACUUUCCAUUGAAGUGGAGGCCAGGGAGGUAUCCUCUCCUGGAAGGCCCACUGGACUGAUGUCCCCCUCUAGUGGGUACUCAAGCCAGUCAGAGACACCUACACCUACUGUCUCCAUGUCCUUGACCCUCGGCCACUUACCUCCUCCAACCACCAGUGUCCGGGUACGUCCAGUAGUACCUGAAAGAAAGUCAUCACUGCCGCCAACAUCACCAAUGGAGAAGAUUUGCAAGUCACGGCUAUCAUUUGACCUACCAUUGACCUCUUCAGCCAACCUGGAUCUGUCUGGAAUGAGCAUCUCCAUCCGCAGCAAAACCAAGGUGAGCCGCCAUCACUCCGAUACCAAUUUUGGGGCCAAACUGGCACAGAAAACUAGUCCUAACCAGCCAAUUAUGCCCAUGGUUACUCAGUCUGACCUUCGUUCUGUUCGCCUGAGAUCAGUCAGCAAGUCUGAGCCAGAAGAUGACAUUGAGAGCCCAGAUUACUCUGAGGAACCUGGAGCAGAAGAAGUCUUCUCCUUGCCAGAGAGAAAAGUGAAACCUCCUGUAGCUGAGAAACCUCCGCUGGCCCGAAGGCCUCCAAGCUUGGUCUACAAGCCACCCCCUGUCCCUGGAGAGUACUCACUGACUUCAUCUGCCUUGGCUAUGGCCCCCAAGAGCUCCAUUCCACACAUGAGGCCACACCCCCAAGACAGCUAUACCGUGUUGCGGAAACCAAAGUCAUCUAGCUUCCCUGGUGGCAGGAGUCCCGGGGAAUCCAUGGCACCCUCGGCUCUUAUUUUCACGCCCCCUGCCAGUUCCUCUGGUGCUUUCUUCUCAGGAACACAUCAAACCACCCAGGCGAGUAUGGAGGAUGAGGGCUCCAAGGUGAGAGCCCUGCCUGAAAGAAUUAACCUCCAGAGCCAGGAAGAAGCUGAGAAAAAAACAGGCAAGAUUCCACCUCCAGUACCAAAAAAGCCCAGCAUGCUAUACCUGCCUCUCACCUCCCCUGUAGCUCAGAUGGAGGCCUAUGUGGCAGAACCUAGGCUGCCUCUCAGCCCCAUCCUCACCCUGGAGGAAGAUGCCAAAGGUCCCCCAUCUGGAGAUGACCUGAAAUCACCUGGUCAAAGGAUGACAUUGGCUCUUCAGGUUGACAGUGAAAAGGAGGCAAGCUCUCCAGGGAGUUCUGUGGAACCAAGCACCAAAGAGAAAAGUUUAAUCAGUGAUAAAACAGCUGAAUGGAUUGCAGAAGAGGAUGAUGACGUAUUUGUGGCUUCACGUACAACUGAAGAUUUAUUUACUGUGAUACACAGGUCAAAAAGAAAGUUGCUGGGCUGGAAGGAGCCUGGGGAGGGCUUCACAGGCAGCAGACCCAGUUCCCACUCGCCAAUGAAGAACACAGAUGAUUCUCCCAUCAGUGAGUCUGCUGCCACCACAGCGCCAAGUGGCAGUGCCAGCCUAGAUGCUGGCAGAAAUGAUGAUUUCAAGGCCUUGCUCCAGAAGAAGGGAAGCAAGACAACUCCCAGAUCCCGUCCCUCAGCGGCAGAGCUGCUGAAGACCACUAAUCCACUGGCUCGAAGAAUUAUUGCACAGUUUUCAAAAGACUACGAAGUCACCGAUAACCCCAGUACCUAAUAGCCCUGUUUUCCACAUCAGGGUCUACUUACUAGACUUCAGUAGAGAAGGAGCAAGACAAAGGGUUUUAGAAAGGAAUUGUGGGAGUAACAAAAUAGCCUACAUUUCUUUGACAUUUACUCACACUCUGGAUGGUAGAGAGGCCAGCAUAACUAGAGCUGAGAUCACUGGGCACUUGAAUCAGCUUCAGACAGUCCCCACUUUCAUGCUUCCUCCCUUGCCAUGACUGACUAUCAAAGUCCUCCUUAUUGUCCCCCAGUGGUGUGCACUAAAGAAAUUCUCAGAUGCAAGGGUGUGUGUGCCACCUUUUCAAUGUCCCAACUGCUUUGUCCAUGAGCUCCUGUCACUGAGAGAGGCACAAUGGGAGAGCAGAUUGGGAGCUGCUAAACCAGGGGUGGGGGCAUAGGGUGCCAUUUCUAUUGCUAAUUAUCCACUGUCCUUUGGGGAGGGGGCUUUGACAGCCCUGUGUACAGAUACAGAAAGACACUGAGGCCUCCUCAAUCACAGUGUGACUCUCCUCCAGCAAGAGUUUCGCAGGUGUACACUUAACUUCAGCAUGGGGUUGAUUGGAUGGCUUUUGUGGUGCAAACUAUGAAUGUGACUCAAUCCCAAAACUUCAUGCCUUUUUCAGUUCGAUUGUCUAUGCGGAGAUCAGGGUGAUGAGUUUUAAUAAUUUUUUAGGAUUCCCCCCAUUAGCUAGAAAAGGUCAGGACUUGGGUGGCAUUGGAUGAACCAAGCUUGUGAGUGAAUGGGGCAUUUAUUCACUCACAUCUAGCCAAGAUAACUCGCAUGUGCACCUUGAGAUCCUUCAAGUAUCUGUCAGCAUGGGUAGCCGGGAUAUGUGCCCAGCUCAUGCUGAACUCCAAGUACUCUUGUUUCAUUUGCACGUAACAUUCGUUACAGGAAGUAAUUAGAUGAAAGAUCAGCAUCAUCAAAGGCUCCAGGCAUAGAGAAAGUAACAGCAUCUUGCCUCACACCAUUCAAUUGAAAUGGUGCUUUGUGGUUGUUUGGGUUUUGUUUAAAGGAAUUCUGACUCUGUUCCACAAACUAAGAACUUGUAGACUAAAAGGCUCCACCCCAAAUCUAAAAGGCAGCUUUUCAAGUUGCUAUGGCCCAUAAUACAAAAAGGGCUACCUUUUUCUAUGUAUGUUCUGCUGUUUGACUAACUUUCAGUUAACCAUGCUGGAGGAACAGUAUAGUAACUAGGGUAAAUGGAAUGCUGAAAGAGUUCCAGAUCAAUCAUCAUGACACUUUCCCCUCCAAAGCUAAUUGGCACAAACCAUUCUUGUCAACUCAAUUUUGUAAACAAAGCAAAAGCAGUGAUUCAUCUGAUUUACAUAUGUCUGAUUUCUGAAGGUCUGGGGACAAAAUAGGCAAAGCACUAAACAACGAAAACAUGCUGACCAGUGUUGGGAAAAUCAUCUGCUGGUCCUAAGAGGCCAAAAGAAAAGUUAAAUGAAAUUGAAGCCUGCUGCACAAAAAGUAUCCCCUGACCCCUUCUUCCUACAUGACUUAACCUGAUAGAUCCCUUGGUCAAUCUGGAGAAUGUAGUAAAAGUUCCAGAGAUUCUAGAGACAAGCAGCUCUCAAUUUUGAUAGGUCACAUUCCUCACCAAUGGGAAGCAAGCUCUUACCUUAACUACCCACACUCCAACCAGACAGAGCAGCUAAAAGAAAACAUGUUUAGUACUGAAAAGACUUGGGCUUCUCAAGUAGAAGCCCUAGGCCUAGCCCUUUGGUUGGUCCUGUUCUGAAUUAUAGACUAGUGAAAAUAGGCUAGGCUCACCAACUCCCAUGCAACAAGUACUUCUCUCUCUCUCUCCCUCCUGCCCUCCCUCCCCCCUUUUUGAUCUAGAAAGAAGCCACUUAAAAUAAUACAAAGCUCGGGAAGUCUCAGCUAUUUUUGAACUAUUUGGUUUGAAGGUCUUAACCAAGUGCUGUAAGUUUUGCCUGAAAUAAAAUAAGAUUAAUUCUUAGAUUUGGUUUAUAUAUGAAUGUUAAUGUUUAUCAUCCCCAAAUCAGAAUUCCAAAAAAUGAAGACAUUUCCCUCUGUAGGGAAAUAAAGAAGUGCUUUGUGAUUUUACCUAAUUAGAGCAAAAGGCUGCCAGGGCCUGCUCCUUGGGAACCAUUUCGCAUAACAGAACUCUAAAGUACGGGAAUAUGGGACUCAUUUACUUUUUCUGAUUUCUCUGGAAACUUGUUUGUUCCUUCUAGCCCUUCCACCUUGCUACCUCUGGAAGUUCUCCCAAAAGAUUCUGAAGCUGAAUUUUCUGACACCUUGGUGUUUUCCAAUCACCUAAAUUCUUGUUUUCUUCAACAAAACUCUGUAUGUGUGGAAGUUUUAGAGCAUCUUCUGCAUAAUCACUAUGAGCUUCAAAUUCCCAGUUUGUGUCCCAUUGUCAGAAGAGGAUUUGAAGCAGACCAUCAUGGAGAAUAUUUAGGACUAGGAAUAUUCAUUCAAUCUUUUGUGAAAGCAGGUGGAAUGAGUACCAAACAAGGAAUCAAAUUGUAAAUGAAUUCUACUAGUCAUUAAUUAGCAUAACAUGAACUAUCUUUCCUACUCCUAAUACCCAACCUUUCUCCUGUCCUUAAUAUCAUAAUACCAACACUCUCACCCCCAGAACUUAGCAUAAUGUGUGUUGCCUACCACAGCUGGAGGACAGGGUGGAAAGUCCUUCUCAGGAAACUACUACUACCACCAUACUAGUACAAGUAAGGAUGAGAGUUAUCUCUAGAGGUAGAAGAUACAAAAUGUUGGUGGAAAAUGAAAUUGGCCCCAGGUCAGCUUCUACUUCAAGUCAUUUGUAUCCCAUGAUUUCCCUCCAAUUCCAACCAGUAGUAAGUGGCUGUGCUAAAGUGGCUUCAGUCCAGUCAAGGGUAGAGGAAGCCAUCCCCUAAAGAGACAGUUAAUGGGUAUCGUAAGUGAUUUGCACUUGCUGGAUAUUCAUUACAUGUUGUGCUUUAGAUGUGUAUGGUAGAGAAUAAGUUGGCUCUGCUGGUGUGUACUGCUUGGGCCACCUGGGCCUCCCAGUAUGCUCCAACUUGUCCCUCAGCCCCAAUAACCAUGAACUGCACACCUAAACCAACAGCUCAGUCAUGAAGAAGGCAAGGCCACAGGACAAGGACAGUCAGCUCCUUCACAUGAGCUUAAUGUCCACAUGAUGACCAGCUGAUCUUGAGAAAUGAUCUUGAAUGUGCAAAGACAGGAGAGUCUUCAAGUCCCUACUCCCCACCAACAAGCAUUUUGUCUGAUGUCUACUUUAUCUAGACAACAUAUAUCCAAUUUCAGUUUCUAUGUACAUGCCACCCUCAGUAGAUCUGCCCAUGUGCCUGCCCCCCUACUUCAUCCCUGAACCAGUCAGGAAAAAGCCAAUUGUGUGCUCAGUACUCUGUUCCCCACUGCUUCUGCCUUCUAUGUUUGCCAAGUCUGACAAAAUGGUGAGCUUUUACUUUAAUAUGAUUUGCCAGGGCCAAGACUAGGGUGAGGCUAUCGAAGUGCCAAGGGUGCAAAAUUUAAGGAGAUGCCCACUCUCAGGGCCCUGCAAGUGCCUUACCCUUGUCCUGGUCCUGUGAUUUGCACUUUGUAAAUUAGUAUCAGUUGCUCUUCUUCCAGUUAUGGUUCUUGGAUAGGAUGGUAACUUCCUAUCUGUUGUUGUGCCAAAUGUUCUUGCUAUUGUUCCAUUCAUUGUCAGAAACCUUUAUAUGCCUAGCCAUUAAAGAAUCUUCAGUAUUACCUGAAAACAUAGUUGAUUUCUAAGUAACCUGCUCCACAUGGCAGAUUAGCACCCAGUUCAGUAGACACACCAUGGGCACAGCCCUUCAACAAAACAGUGAGUGAGUUGGAGGUCUAUCCCUUCAAUCCUCUGUCUUCUUUCUGUUCUGUUCUCCCUGGUCCUUGUGGCCCAGCACCAACUCUCCUCAGUGCCUCCUACUUUGUUCUCCUUCUCUAAGAAAAAAUGCUCUCAGGAAAGGGAUAAACUCAUUUACUUUGAGAUAAUGAGGCUUAAUGCUACCUCUUCUGAGGGUUGUUUGCAUUUUAACAGGGGAAAAGCCUUAAGCCAAAGGAAUGAAGUUCUACUAGUAGAAUGUUAGGCAUCAACUAGUUGUAGACAUAUAUUUUUCACCCUGGAAUGGCCAGAUUCCCUGAAAGCUAACUUAGAGUAUAGAAAUAUCUUUGUCUCCUGGAAUCACCGUAUUUAGUAGCUGAUGGGCAAUUAAAUUAUCUGGAUACCCCAUACUAUUCUAUAUGAUUACUACUAAGGACGUCUCAUCAAAGGCUAUAGAAAAGCCUUUGAGAAGGCCUAAAUCAGUCAUUCAUAUUGUACAUUAACAUAUUUGUGUAAAUGAAAUUAAUAUUACCAUUUGGGUAAAAGAACACAAAGGUUUAAGGAGUUUGUGAAAGUGUGUCCUAUUUGUGAAAGGCAAAACUGUCCAAUCCAUGUCUCUGAUGUUAGUCGUCCAGUAUUGGUGAUGAUUACUAAAUUUAUUGGUGAUACAACUUAUUAAACACAGACCUCUGCUCCCCCCCCCACCAUAUUAUCUCUGUUAUGUGCUAUGACUUCAGCUUGAUGUAAGAAUGAGACCAUAUUUAAACCAGAGCUUCCAGUACCUUCAACGCCUUUGCAUGUGUUUCAACUAUAAGUGACAAAGAUAGUAAGGAUUUAAAAGGACAAGAGAGUAGAAACGUACAAAAAAAGUGUCUUUGUUGAAAGGCAGCAAAUAGUAUAAUUAUUUUAAAAUGAUAUGAAGUAAUCCAAGUCUUAGAAUAUUUUGAAAUAGAUGUGUAGAGGACUAGAAUUGUAAAUGGUAAUAGACACAUAUUUGAGGCACUUUAAUAAUUUUAGCAAAAAAUUGCAUGAUAGAUUAUGUGAAAUAAGUAUUUAGUUUUGUUCAGUAAAGCCCCAAAUCUAGGCCAGUGGUCCUAGAACUAGAAACAGCAGUAGCUUCCCUGGAGAGAGAGAGAAGGAGAGAGAGAGGUAGAUUAUUCCAUCAGUCACCCAAAUCACUAGAGCCAUGUCUCUCCAAGAAAUCCCAACCUUUCCCUCUGUUUUGGCUGUCAUUAAAGUUACCAGUCUCUAGCCAAGAGAUGGAUUAUCAUCAUCUUGAUCAAGCAUGCAUUAUUUUUAAUUUUAAGAAAUUAUCAAAUUGAAUCGACUUGUUCAACUGCAAAGCCUUUGAUUUGACUUAACCAGAAUAUCUGGCCUGUUUUGUUGUUGUUGUUCUUUUGUUUUGUUUUUGUAAUUCACAAGUAAGACAGAGGGAGGGAGGAUUGUUGGGUUUUUUAGUAUUGCUGGUCCUUAAGUAAUUUUUCCUCCCUAUGAUGGCUGUUCUCCAGGAGGGCUCUGGCAGAAGUAUACUUGAUUUUGAGAUUCUGCCUAAAGUGUAGAAUUUGAUAGCAACAAACCCCCAAACAAAAACUGAACCAGAACAACCAAUUAACCCUUUUCAGCCUCUUUGUAAUACCAAGCUUUAUAUAAACUUAUUCCUUAUGUGGUGUUGAGCUUUUAUAAAUGUUGAAUUUUAUAAAAUGUUAUGCAUGCAAACGCGGCAUUGUGCUCAUUGUACCAGUCACCUUAAACCUGCUCCUUCCUCCAUAUGUACGAUGGUGAAGAAAUACCAAUAUGUAUGUUUUGAUGUAUCCUGAUCAAUUGUAAAUUACAAACCUUUUCAUUACUUUUUAAAUGAGCUAUAUUUACUCUG